AUGACAACCCCCCGGCACCCAAGGGGUCGCGAGAUGCGCAAUCAAAAUGAGGACCCCAAGGAAGUUUCCAAAAGAGAGGGUCUGAACUUUGAAGUGGAUGGGAUUUACGUUCUGACUGGGCCCCCUUUUGAAUGUGGAGUACACCAAGACUUAAUGGAUGAACCGUUUAUGGCUAGAAUUGCUUGA